AUGUCCUGUCUCGCUCUUUCACUCCAACCCAGUAAUGGGCCCGACGUCCUCGUCCAAACCCGUGAAUGGUUUCCGCCUUCCCGUGCUCUGAUGGCGGCAUCCUCCUUCCGCCAAACCCGCCACUCUUUCUCCUCCAAAACCCACCACCCGACCGUCGCCGCCGCAAAUUCCAGCACCACUGAUUCAAUCACUACAGGUCCAUCAGACUCGCUUGGUGAUGACCCUUUAGCGGCCUCGUCUGGUCAGGUAAUUGUUGGUGUUGAGUCACGUUAUCGGGUUGUCUACCGCCUUGUUAACUCUAUUUAUGUGCUUGCUGUUACCACCAUUGAUGAUUUCAACAACAAUGUGUUUGAAUGCAUUAAUAUAGUUAAUCAAGCUGUUAGUGUGAUUGUAACUGCCUGUCGUGGGGUGGAUGUCACCCCCGAAAAAUUGGGUAGAAAGUAUGUGGAGAUUUACAUGGCAUUAGACAUUGUUUUGCGGGGUGUUAGUAACAUUAGGCUUGCAGCAAUGCUGGCAUCGAUGCAUGGGGAUGGGAUAGCAAAAAUGGUGCAAUCUGCAGUCCUCACCGAGACUAAGAUUCGGGGGGCUGAUAGUUGGGCCAAUGUGGAGCCCAAUGCUGUGGAUCAUGAAGCGGGCGUGGAGUUGUUCUCGAAGGCUUCAUUUGAGUUGCCUUCUGAGACGUUGGAGGCUGGGGAUGAGGUUGCUGCGGCGACACUAGGGCUUUUCCAGCAGAGUGAGGAAAAGGAGCAGAAUAAGGUUGAGGAAGAUGAGGGAGAGAAGGAUCCAUUUGCAGCCAGUGAUAGGCUAAAUAAGCCAGAGGAAAUGCUGAUGGAUGGGUUUAAGAAGGACAAGGAUUCAGGUGUUUCUGAUGUGAGCAAGGCGCUGGCAGGGCUUGAGGUGACCUCGUUGCCUCCGGCUGCAGCUACUGAGUCAACACAUAUAGGUGUAGAAGGGUUUGAAGGGAAUUAUGGUGGGAUAGAGUUUGGCACUGAUGGGUCGACGUUGCCAGAGGAUUUUGAGGGUAUUAAUGACGCUUGGGGUGGUGGAUUGGAUGCUUCGGAGUUUGUUGGGCCUAAGAAGGUUAAGAAGGACCAGGGGCUUGGUGGGCUUGAAUUGCUGGAGGCUAGUGAGCCACCUGUAGCUACUGUGGCUAAAGGUGCUGGGGAUAAAAUUGAAGAUAUUUUGGUGAAGAAAACUGAAAUGAAGGGUCCGGAGAUGUAUAUCGUGGAAGAGAUUAAUACCGAGUUUUGGGAAUCCUUGCUUGCUAGAGUUGGGUUAAUGGGUGUGGUUUACUUGCGAACUGUGCCACCAAAAUCUUCUUCAGAUGAUAAAGAGACAGAAUUUUCAUUUAAGGUUGAAGGUACAAGUGACGUUAAGAGGUUUGUCGUGCAAAGCUCCCGAGUGAGCAGCCUUGGAAAUGGUCUGUUUCAUGUGAGGACUGCACCUUCAGAGGAACCUAUACCAAUUAUCAAAUAUAGCUUGUUACCCCGACAGACUCCAUUGCCUUUGAGGGUGCGACUUAUCAAACGUCUCAGUGGGACUUUGCUUUCUGUGAUGAUCCAGUAUGUGUCCAAUCCAGAUUUACCAGCACCCUUAAAUGAUGUCACAUUUGUCCUGAAACUACCUGUAGACCCAUCUUUAUUGAAAGUAUCACCGAAAGCAGUCUUGAACAGGUCCGAGAGAGAAUUGAAAUGGCAUAUUGAUGAGAUUCCUUUAAAGGGUAAUCCUGGUAGGUUGAGGGCACGGAUGCCUGUGGAUAUUGGCGAUGAUGGUGAGGAAGAUCUUGAGGUUGUUGGUUAUGUGAAGUUUUCUGCUCAUGGUGCUACAUCUUUGUCUGGAAUUUCUCUUCGGCCUGCUACUGAUGGCAAGACAGACUUUUAUGAGGUUGAUCACAGGAUAAAUUUUGUGGUUAAAAGUUUAAAGUGUGCUCCACCUGGGGAACUCGGAACAGUAGUUGGAUGA